AUGCAAAAAGUUUCAAUUGUGGUGCUAUUAUUGGCUGCUGUGGCCACUGCCGUGCACAUACAACAACGGUAUCAUGGACAAGACAUCUAUGCCGAACCCGAUUGCUCUAUUGUAGAUGAUCAUUCACGCAUGUUCCGCGACAUCUCUGAUCCAACACACUACUGGGUGUGCCCCGAAGGUCAGGAGGAGGCCGAUUAUAUACAAUGUCCCGACAAUUAUGCUUUCAUGGAGAAGGAACAGAAAUGUGUUGUGUGGGAAGAAUGGAGGUGGGUUGAGCCAUACACAAAGUAA